AUGGGAGCCAAUACUUCAAGCAAACCACCAGUGUUUGAUGAAGAUGCAGAUGUCAACUUUGACCACUUUGAAAUUUUGCGAGCUAUUGGAAAAGGCAGUUUUGGGAAGGUCUGCAUUGUGCAGAAGAAUGACACCAAGAAGAUGUAUGCCAUGAAGUAUAUGAACAAGCAGAAGUGUGUGGAGCGCAAUGAAGUGAGGAAUGUCUUCAAGGAGCUCCAGAUCAUGCAGGGGCUGGAGCACCCUUUCCUGGUGAAUUUAUGGUAUUCCUUCCAAGAUGAAGAAGACAUGUUCAUGGUGGUAGACCUCCUACUCGGUGGGGACCUGCGUUAUCACCUACAGCAGAAUGUUCGUUUCCAGGAAGACACAGUGAAGCUUUUCAUCUGUGAGCUGGCCAUGGCCCUGGACUACCUGCAGAGUCAGCGCAUCAUUCACAGAGAUAUGAAGCCUGACAAUAUUUUACUUGAUGAACAUGGGCACGUGCACAUCACCGAUUUCAACAUUGCUGCCAUGGUGCCCAAGGAGAUGCAGAUCACCACCGUAGCUGGCACCAAGCCUUACAUGGCACCUGAGAUGUUCACCUGCAGAAAGGAAGCAGGCUACUCCUUUGCUGUCGACUGGUGGUCCCUGGGAGUGACGGCAUAUGAGCUACUGAGAGGCCGG